AUGGCUGGGCAGCACUAUUUAGUGAUAGCACUGCCCACCUCACUCGAGGAAGGGCCUAGAAAAGGUGGCCUAAACAAAGCUCACCUCCUUUGUUGGUUGGGCAUCCAAUAUUGCGGUCGAAAUAAAGUGAAGCAUAACCUCGCUGUUGCCUGUUGGAAUGUUCGCUCGCUUCUGGACACGCAACAGCAAAUGGAACGUAAAACAGCCAUUCUGGCAAAGGAAUUUCGUCGCUAUGACAUUGAUAUUGUUGCUUUAAGUGAAACCCAUCUGUUGGAUGAAGGAAAACUUGAGGAAGUCGGUACAGGUUACACAUUCUUUUGGAAAGGACGUCCUUCAAAUGCGACACGGCAAUCGGGUGUAGGUUUUGCUGUCAAAUCCUCCUUCGUGGGUAGUCUCGACAACCUACCAAGGGGAAUAAAUGAUCGUUUAAUGACACUUCGCCUACCUCUUUCUGGUGGUCAAUUUCUAACCUUGGUCAGUUCAUAUGCUCCAACGAUGAACGCCUUCGAAGAAAUGAAAGAGAAAUUCUAUGAUGAUUUGAGAAACAUUAUUGGUGCUGUGCCGAAGAAGGACAAACUGCUCGUCCUAGGUGAUUUCAAUGCUCGAGUUGGUAGCAAUCAUUGCACAUGGAAAAAUGUGCUUGGUAUAAACACGGCAUUGGAAGAGAGAACAGUAAUGGGUCACUUUUGUUGUCACUUUGUUCUACGUACCGGCUUGUAA